UGGGAACGGCCCCGACGAUAUACUUCUUCCGAUCCCCAACUUUCGGCGUCGUCGUUAGUCCUUGUCGCUGCCACAACGAAGGUUGCUGCCAGCUUCGUUUCGCACCUCUGAUUAAGACAUCAUGUCAGUCAACACUACGAACCCGCAGGUGGCUCCGCCAACUUACGAGUUGCCGAUCCCGAUCGAGCGUGGCAGCCAGAUGGCCAUGUUAGCCUCCUCGGGCAUUUGCAUCUUCCUCCCAAUCGCACUAGUCACACUCCGUUUUGUGGCUGGGAGGAGAGUAUCUCGCGGGUUUGAUGCAAGCUCGUUUUGCAUCCUCGCUGCACUGGUAAGAGCCGCGCUCAACGAGCCAGACCACGCCAGCGUGCUAACAGAUACCGCCCUUCGGUAUCACCAGUUCUUCAACACAGCUCUUCACAUCGAUUGCUGGGUCAUGGUCUUCAAUGGCGCCUUUGGGUUUCACGUUACUGGAAUUCUUGCAAGCGGAGUUACCGUGCAAUACAAACUGUUAAGGUACCUCGACUAA